AUGGUCGUCUACUACCAGAUCGCCGGCAAGAAGGUCGGCUCUCACUAUCUCGCCAUGGGUGUUCUCGGUGCCCUCUUCGGUGGUGUCAAGCUUGCCAUGGGCGGUGGCAGCCAGCCCAAGCCCGCUACUCCUCCUAUCCAGGCUUCCUCUAAGGACGAGGAGGAAUUCAUCACGGACUUCCUGAAGCAGGUGAACGGAGACGACAAGAAGAAGGAUCAUUAAAGCCGAUGUAUCCCAUGCUAGAGUCGAGGACUAGUUGAAUCUAAUGUGCCUGACGUGCAAGAUCCAGUCGAGUCGAUUAUACACCGGUGCUAGACCCAGAUGCAACGUGGCCGAGUUGGGCCAUGCCUUUGACGCUUUGAAACGUCUGACCGGGUUGACUUCUGAGGGUCAGGUGUCAAUCUGUACAUAUAGAGUAUACACCAUGCUUGCUUCAAUUGGUCUGGAGUUGUUUUGGAC